AUGCUGAACAAUGAGGAACGCCACUCCAUUUUAGACUCACUGGUACGCCGAAAGACGGUUCUAGACUCACUUCAAGUGGUGCUGGACCGCGGCGUCGCACCAACGGUAGGUGGCCAACCUGAAUGUUGCAAUGUGUCUGUGAAACUUUUGGAAAAAGAGAGAAGACUUUCAUUUUGGUGUGAACGCGUUGCUUCUGAUGUCUCGAUUAGUCCGGAUGCGAAACUUGACCUUCUUGCCGCUGAAGUACAGCGGGCUCGAGAUCCAGGGGGUAUUUCCAUCACCGAUUUCAUCACCCUUACCCCGUUGUUUGUGCUGUCCACUUCUUUGGUGAAGUUGUAUUGCAAUGAGUUCUCUGUCGAGUAUCAAUCGGCCUCGUUAGAGUUGGCCAUUGCAUAUGCUGCUCAGGGUGCAUUUCGUAGAGCGAGAAGUAUUCUGAAGACUGCAACGGUAGGGGCAUCGCUUGACCCAGAGCUGACGACGCUUCAUCGGAAGUUAGGCUUAUUCUUAUUGUUACUUGAGGGUAGAUGUGAUGUCGGCACCGCACAAAUGGAGUGGAAGGGCUUUCUUCCACUUUGGCUAAUCGCUUGCCGUGAAGUGAGAACUCUGGAAGAUGUGAGACACUGUUUAGAAGAGAGUGAGGGACAAUGCCUUCCCAUCGCCGUUAUGCUUUAUUGCUAUCUCGCGGUGGUUGCAGCUUUCUUGUCAAUGCUGUCACGGCUUGCUGAAGAUAUCGGACAAGAACGAUUCAAAGUGAACGUCAUGCGAAAGGCGUUGCUGGCGUCAACUCCAAGCGACCUACACACGCUUAAGGAAAACGUGCGACACCGAAUUCAGCAAAAAUCUCUUUUAAAGCUCAAAAGGAAGGAAAUAACUCUACUGAUAGGUGAGAUAAUACGUCGUUGUGAAGGUUUUCUCCGCGCCAAUGAAUGCGAUGACGCUGCUGCUGUGUUGGCUUUCGCUUUUGUGAAGCUGCGGUGGGAAAGAGAAUGUGGUGUGGCAACAUCGCAGCGCUUCAUAGACGAUUUUGUCACGUGUUGCCAAAAAAUCCAAUUGGAUUCUUCACUUCGUUCAAUUUACCUGGCUGAAGCUAAAUUUGCGUUGGAGGCGUGUGAAAUGCUGACUUCAUAUACAUUUGAUUCAACGAGCGCAGAGGUACCGCUGUCGCGGAGUAUCCUCGCGUCGCGUGUGCUGUUUACGGGGGAUGUUGUCGGUAAUGACGACGGCACUGCGUCUGUGGGCGGGAUGUAA